GGCAUCUUCAGCUCCUGAGCCCCUCCCAGGCACUAGCCAGCAACUGGGAAGCAGCCAGCACAUCCUUCCUUGCCCAUCUCUGUGGAAACAAGCUGUGAGACAAGUCAGGAUUGGCCUGUGUCCUGUGUCGUAGCCUCACCAUGGAGCAGCUGAGCUUGGCCAACACCCGGUUCGCAGUGGACCUCUUCCGCACCCUGAAGGACAACAACCCCUCCGGGAACAUCUUCAUCUCCCCCAUAAGCAUUUCCUCGGCGCUGGCCAUGGUCUUCCUGGGGGCCAGAGGCACGACCGCGGCACAGAUGUCCAAGACUCUUCACUUCGAUGCGGUUAAGGAGAUUCAUUCCAGUUUCCAGAGUCUGAAUGCUGAUAUCAACAAGCGCGGGGCUCCCUAUAUUCUGAAACUUGCUAACAGGUUAUAUGGAGAGAAAACCUAUGAGUUCCUCCCUGAGUUCUUAGCUUCAACCCAGAAAAUGUAUGGAGCUGAACUGGCCAGUGUAGAUUUUCAGCGAGCCUCUGAAGAUGCAAGAAAGGUGAUAAACGCAUGGGUCAAAGGGCAGACUGAAGGCAAAAUUCCAGAAUUGUUGGGUGAAGGCAUGGUUGAUGAUAGGACUAAACUUGUGCUAGUUAAUGCCAUCUAUUUCAAAGGAAACUGGCAGGAGAAAUUCAGUCAAAAGGCCACAAUCGAUAAACCUUUCAGAUUGAAUAAGAAAGACACAAAAACAGUGAAAAUGAUGUAUCAGAAGAGCACAUACCCACUUGGCUACAUCGAGGACCUUAAGUGCCGGGUGCUGGAGCUGCCUUACCAGGGCAGGGAGCUCAGCAUGGUCAUCCUGCUGCCAGAUGACAUCGAGGACGAGGCCACGGGUCUGAAGAAGAUCGAAGAACAAUUGACCUUAGAAAAACUGCAUGAGUGGACCAAACCUGAGAAUCUGAGUUCCACUGAAGUCAAAGUCCACCUGCCCAGGUUCAAGCUGGAAGAGAGCUACAACCUCAACUCUCACCUGGCCAGCCUGGGUAUAGAGGAGCUCUUUACUACCAGGGCUGAUCUGUCUGGCAUGUCAAGAGCCAGAGAUCUUUUUGUAUCAAAAAUUGUCCACAAGUCUUUUGUGGAAGUAAAUGAGGAGGGCACAGAGGCAGCGGCUGCCACAGUUGCAGAUUGCGUAUAUUACUCAUUUAUGCCAGAGGAAAAUUUUGUGGCCGACCAUCCAUUCAUUUUUUUCAUUCGACACAAUCCCUCAACUAACAUCCUGUUCUUAGGCAGACUUUCUUCCCCGUAGAGUCUGUGGAAAUCCAAGGUCAAGUUCAGAGCUUUAUCACUGGCCCUUUCAAUGGUGAUAGUUUUCAUAUAUCUUCCGCAACAAAUCUACCAUCCCAAUCAAAUCUCUAACUUCCUUUGUAAUGUCAGCUCUGUUGGCUGUUUACACCCAUUAACUUUGGCAUAGGUGUCUAUUUUCCUUUAUAUAUAUAUAUUGUUUGAAGUAUUUCAAAUAGUAGUACAUAUGUCUCCUUUUUUUCCCCAUUGACCUCCCCCCGGCCUCCCCCACCCCCCAGUACAUGCCCUCACCUGCCAUCCCCCCUCAGCCCCGUGUCUUGUAUCCAUUGGUUAUGCUUAUAUGCACGCGUACAAGUCCUUCGUUGAUCUCUUCCAGCCGCCCCCCCACAACCUCCCCUGCCUUCCCGCUGUAGUUUGGCAGUCUGUUCAAUGCUUCUUUGCCUCUGUAUCUAUUUUUCCCCCAUUUCUUUCCUUUAAAAAAUCUUGCCUCUGCAGACUAGAAAUAAACAUAUAAUAACAAAAAAAUGUUUGAGUCCCAAUUUCAAUCUCCAACAGUUCUGAGUCCCUGUUUCAAUGUCAAACAGUUUCUUAUGUGUACAUUUCAUCAAUGAUAUCUGGAUGGUGGGCACAUGGUGGCAAUGCAGGUCCGACCCUCUCUGGUUUGGUCCUAGGCAACCUGCAGCGACGCACAGCUGCUGACUGUUAGCAUGGCAAGGUGUCAUCAGCAUCUUCCAUCUCUGGACUGUUUCUUCUCUUGUCUUCGUGAUUGGAGCAGACCUGUCAAUUCUUCUCUGUUGCAGGAAUCCACAUGGUCUUGGAGUUGUUUUCUGAAAAUAUACAAACAUAUUCUUGACCAAAAGUUAAUAAAGGAAU